UUAAAUUGCUGCUGAGUGAAAAAUCAAUAUGUGUGCAUACACAUGCGGUAAUUAUGUGUCUGGAAAGUGUGCAAAACUUCCGCAUUUAAUAUCAAGAAAAAGAUCACAGUUUGCUUACUGGGAAUUUAAUACGUAGAAGUCAUGGAUAUAACAACUGCUUGUUUUAUCCUUUUAACUUUUGUGAAUAUAGAUAAUUUAAAUGGACAACAUGCGUUUGUAUCACAGGUUACCCAGAACUACAAAUCAAGUGACAUUUGCGACAUUAGGAAAUUUGAAAAUGAGACUGGUUUGAUUGUGCAAAGCUGUGACAAGGGUAACGACGGCUCUCAUGUGUGUUUUGUUAGCGAUGCAGAACGUACUUACGAAUACAAAUGCGUCAAAGAAUCAUGGAAAUUAUCAACUGGGACAGAUCACCAUGGAAGACAGAAAAGAUUCCUCGUUGAAUUGAUUGUUGCUGGAUUUCUUUUGGCAAUUUUUGUUGGUGGUACUGGGGCUGCAAUUUAUUGUUCUACUUCCGGCAAAUGUGUUAAAACAAAAACACACAGGAACCCUCCUGCGUAUAUAAACUGCCCAGAAAGCGGAGCGGUGUACAAGGCUUCAAAUCGGGAAAAGUCUGUGAAGGUAACGUGGAAGGAACCAAAAACAGAAGGCGACAAAGUAGUUAGCGAAACCAAAAUAUACAACAGUGGAGAUGAAUUCAACGGUAGUCCAGACGGACAAAAGUAUACAGUAACAUAUACUGCAAAAGACGGACGUGAUCUCACGGCAACAUGCAGUUUUGAUUUCACUGUAAAAUAUAUUACAUGCGGCACUCGAGAUCCGCCAAUGCACGGACGUCAAGAUUGUUCACAUGGCUUUAUCUAUGGAUCAGAGUGUGUUGUGGAAUGCUAUGAUGGAUACGAAAUUGUUGAUGGGGAUACAGCUACUUGCCUGGAAGAUAAGACCUGGGAUUAUACACCAGUUUGUCAGAAAAUCGUUUGUCAACCACCAUUCAACAUAACAAAUGGAAAAGUUGCAUGUGACGACGAGUCGUAUCAUUUCGAAAGCGAUUGCUCUUUUGAAUGCGACAGUGGAUUUUCAUUGAGUUUGAAUAGCCCUAAAAAAAUGGAAUGUCAAGCAGAUAAGACAUGGUCAGUAGUGGUCACUAACGUUGUGUGCACAGAUAAUGACCCUCCAAACAUAAAGUGUUUGUCGCCGCAAAUAUUUUAUGCUGAUCGAGGUGGUUUCACAACAUCUGUUACCUGGGAAGAGCCGUCGGCUACGGACAAUGUAGAUCCAGAUCCAGUCAUAAGAAAACUAUCGAAUAUUUCCCAAGGAGAUAUACUACCGGAAGGUGAUCACUAUGUUACAUAUGAAGCUUCUGAUGACGAAGGGAAUACAUUGCCAGCGUUGUCGAAAUGUACCAUCACUUUGGAAGUCAAAGUUAUAAGCUGUUUUGCUGGCCCCUCGGAUGCACUGGACAAACCUCAGUUUAUUAAUUACAACUGCAGCGACACUGCAAGAUACUAUGAUGGCGUUUAUUGUGAUCUUAGAUGUGAAUUAAAUAUUCCACUCAAUGGCUCAGAUCGUAUGUCAUGUGAACGAAACGCAACAACUGACAAAGGUGUAUGGGUUUGGGAUUCCGAUACGCAACCAUCGUGUGAAGUGGUAACUUGUCCACCAUUAGAUCCUCCAGAAAAUGGAGCCUUUAGUACUGACUCGGUAAAUGCCAGGCCACUUCAUGUCAUGUUGUGUAAGGAAGGUUACGAUAUUCCAACUGUUGGCGUAGCGUUCCAUGGGAGAUUAGUCUGUCAAGAUAGUGGCGAAUGGUAUCCAUUGUCUUCAUUUCCUGAUUGUAUAGUUCAAACUUUUCCAAAGACGAGACUGCCCGCUGAACUUAUAUACUCAGGGGAUUGCAAUGAUGACACAACCCAAGAAAUGAUCAAACAACAAGUUCUUGAUUAUUUGGCUGGUAUAAUAGAAAAUGUUGACAACUCAAUUUGUCCGGAUCGAGAAACUUGUAAAAUUGAAAACCUCGUGAUUGUUUGUGGUGCAAAUUCGGGGACAAGACGUAGAAGAGAGAACAAGCACGGUAUUAACAAAUUCCAGGAUGGGAAAAUUGUCGUGACAUUUGAUAUAAUGGUGGUUUUUGAUGCAGGGAAUAAGACAGCCGAAAACGCGUAUCUUGACAUUCUGGAAUUCUAUGAAAAUGUCACAGGGUUGAUAAAAGUAUACGUAAAAGAAGGAAAGUUUGAAAUUCAAAACUUAACUCUGUUUGUCGACGCUUUCAAGUCAGAUGCUUCAUCGGAAUUCGUAUGUACUGAUUCAGGAUACAAAUUUGAGUUUGGAAGUUUGAGUUGCAAACAAUGUCCUAAAGGAACUUACUUGAAUUCAACAACAGACACGUGUGAAUAUUGUAAUAUCGGUGAAUAUAUGGACCAUGCAGCCGCGGCAACAUGUGAGCCUUGCCCUCAUGGAUACAGUACACUGUAUGAAGGAUCCAAAAACAUAUCAGCUUGCAUAAAGCAAUGCAGUCCUGGUUUUGUGUCAAUCACAUCUAUGGAACCAUGUUUUGCUUGUCCAGUCGGUACUUAUCAACCGCGUCUAGGUCAGACAAAGUGCGAGUCGUGUCCAAAUGGUACUGCGACCAAAGAAACAAACAGUAUCACUGCUGAAGAAUGCGAUAUCUUUGAUAUAUUUUUUGGCACAUUAGAAGAACAAACCGUCAUCAGCACAUUUAAUGCAGAAGAUUCAGCAACACUGACAUUAUCGUUAUGGCUCAAACCAAUUAAUCUUGAAAACUUCCGUCUUUCAAUAUACAUCACCGACAUAUUUGGCGAGAUAACCAAUAUAACAUUUUCUGACUACGUUUAUGUUGUAUUUGGAUCAAGUUUUCAUAAUAAGAGCGAUGGAACGUUGACAAAAGACAAGUGGACCCAUAUUGCGAGUAGUUUAAAUACUACAUCAGGCAGUAUGCAGCUUUAUGUUGGUGGAAAAUUGAUAAUGAGUGAAAAGGAAGCAGUUAUAGAUCCCUUGAGAACAAUAUCAAAAGGAACCGUUGAGAUGGAAAAUAUAUCUAAAGGUAUAUACAUAUCUGGCUUCACCCUGUACAAUCGACAUCUAGAUCAGGCUGGUGUAACGUCUCUGUUACAAUAUUGUGUAGUGACUGCGGCGGACGGGUUAUUCUCAUUGACAGAUAUGUUACCACAUCUCGUUCAAGGAAGUUCUAUAAUAUUUCCGACGACCUGUGACCCUGUUAACGAGUGUGAAACGGGGGCAUGUGGUACUCAUACGUGUAUAAACAAAGUCGAUGGGUUUGAAUGUAUUUGCCACAAUGAAAUGACAGGUCCACUGUGCAACAUACCACCAGAUUACUGUCUAAAUAAUAAAUGUGUAAAUGGAGAUUGUGUGUCUGGCAAUGGAACGUAUAAAUGCACAUGCAAAGACGGGUACACUGGUGUGUUCUGCAAUAAACCACCAGUAAACGGGGGAUGGUCAGAAUGGCAGGAGUGGAGCAGCUGCUCUUUGACAUGCGGUGGUGGAACACGCUACCGGAGUCGGAAAUGUAAUAAUCCUUUACCAGGAUUCAUGGGCUUAGAUUGUGAAGGGAAUAAGACGGGAACAGAAGCAUGCAACGAUCACACAUGUCCAUCAUGCCCCAAGCUGAAGAGAGAAAAUGGUACCAUAGUGACAUGUAGAGAUGAUUUAUCUGAAGAUAAUUUAGAAUGCAACAUGACGUGCAUAAAGGGAAAAGUUUUAACAAAUGGACAAAGACCAUAUGAAAAAUACAAAUGCGGUCCCACUACUGGCUAUAUAUGGGAGCCAACCGAUAAGAUGCCUGCAUGUGUUGAUGUGACAGUUCCUGACAUACUUGGAACACAGGUUAUCGUAAGAUAUACAGAGGCUGUCCCUGAUUCCGACACGGAUGACGUCAUUUCAUCUGUAGAACAGAAGUUUAUUGACCUCAAAUGCGAUACGUGCCAAAUAAAGUCUACUAUUGUCUCGAAUAAUGUGUCGAAUAAUUUGCCAAGUCCGACAGCGUCGUCUACAUUAAUUCUGCAGUUUUCUAAAAAACUGACAGGCAAUGGGGAUAUCGCACUUUCUGAUUACCUAACAAACGGAACAGAAACUCCAGCAAUGACAGAGCUAUUGGAUACAUUCCGUUCAAUGGUUGUGUUCACUAAGUUUAUACAAUCAAAUUCAAAAUCGAUCUUUGAUGUAAGUGUUGACGGCGUGGAGUACACAACAGACAAUAGCUCUAUUUCAUUUGCUGGGACAGUAACCUGUGCCGAUGGGUACGCUGGAGCAGAUGGACUAUGUGCACAAUGUGCAGCUGGAACAAAGCUAAACUUUCCCGAUUGUGUAAGCUGUGAAAUUGGAACUUACCAGCCACUACAAGGUCAAAAUGAAUGCUUACCGUGUCCAGAUGGAUAUACAACACCAACAUCUGGUGCCGCAAAUAUAUCAGAAUGCUCAGUGAUCGCACAGACAUACUCAUCUACAUACUCAUCUACAAUCAGCACAGUUACCAGUAAAGGAGAUGAAAAGGGAAAGAAUGAAGAUGAGGAAACAGCUGUAUUAGUGGUUGUAAUUGUUGCUUGUGUAGUGCCCACCUCCAUCACUGUUAUCAUAGCUUUGGUAGUGUGGAAGAAACGUGCAAGACGCCCUUCGGAAACGAAUGGAACAACCACAAGAGUCUUUACCAGUCUCAAUAUUGUACGUACUGACAUAGGAAGACCCAAUGUGGCUGAAAAAGUGGAAUUGUUUAAUAAAAAUGAAAUGUACGUUCCUGGUCGGAAACGAUAGACGUGUGUAUAGAUGGACUGUAUCUGCAUCUUGCCCACUGAUUGGGUUUUCAUAUGAGUGUAUGACAUUGACUAAAAUACUUUUGAUACUUGGUUUAAGCAUUUGUGUUACCUGUCAAAACUAGCAGUUAUUUGUCUGUAUCCAAGUUAUUGUGUUUUGGUGACAAAUAUUCAAAUGAAUUAUGGAUAUUGUAACGUAUUUUAACCAUAUUUAAUGUAUCACCUACUAAUAUAUUAGUUAAUAUAUGCCAUGAACAUAAACUGUACUAAUAUAUAGAUGAGACAAAUGAGAAGAUGUAUCUGAAUAUUUUAUUGAGUGUGUUGAAUUCCAUUUUGAUAUAUUAUGUUGUCUGACGGUAACAAGAUAUCUGACUUUGUUUUUGAAAUACAUGACGAGUACAAAACUAAUUACAGCAACAAUUUUAAACUAUCAAUGCAUGCCAUAAAGUUUGCUUAUAUUCAGUGCAUGGUCAAUCUUUUGAGGUUAUUUAACAGUGUUUAGUACGUUACUGAAUUCUACUGGACAAUUACACAGCAGCGAAAUCCCAUGUUUGGACGAGGCGAAUGCCGAGUCCAAAUAUGGGUUAUUACGGAUGUGUACGCGUCCAGUUUAAUUCAGUACUGUGCUCAACAAUGAUAAAUUUCCUCUUUAUUUCACACCGUUAUAAAAAGAUAUUUCAGAAAAACAAAUAUUGACGAUGACUUAAACAUUUCCAAAAUCCUUCUCUUAUAAUAUGUAUGUCAAUGUUCUAGAUGCUUUUACUCCCAGCGACAGAAAAAUGAAAACAAAUCUUUAUCGUUUUCUUUAACCGAAAACAUGAUAAUCAGAUAGGAAAUGGUUCAGAAGUACGAAGUUGUCGCGGUGUAACUGGUAUCUUCAGACGAAAUACAUUAUACAAGAGAGUGAUUCCAAACGACGUUUCGGAAUCGUAGUUUUCCCGUCCAGUAUGAAAAGAUAUUGAUGUAUUUUAUGCCUACUGGUGAAAUACUGUAAUUUGUCAUUGAGAUAUUUCUCUAUAUUACUCACAAAGCCAAACUUCUUUUUUAGGAACAAUUAUCUCCCUUGUAAUAUAUUCUUUAAUUACUGUCCCUUCGUUGCCUUUAGAAUUACUGGUACCGCGCGGAUAUGCGUAUUUCAAGCCAUACACGAGUCAUGUACAGCUAGACAAUGCUGUAUAGAACCAAGCAGCUGUACUAAAGUUUUCAAAAGAAAUAACAGUAAAGCUCUGGAAAUGUUACCUUGGUUGUUCAUCCACUUUUCAUCUGUUUAGAGCUCUAUUAUCUUUUGGUAGAUCAUACUGGUGAAAGCACAUGUAGAUGGUUGAUCAGAAGACAGCAUCUCAACCUUACGUAAUAUGCCAACAUUUUUGUCAAAGUUCUUUCCCAGACAGUUCAGUUGUCAAUUGUGUUUCAUCCAUAUUUCACGAUAUAAUUAGUUAUACUAUAUACUCCUAUAUCAAUAUUUCCUGGCAAUUUCUAUUGAAAACAUGGUCAUAUCUUAUUAUGCAACUUGAUUUAUCCAAGGCUUUCGUUUGUUCCUCAGUUGUGUACUUUUUUGAGUUAUUUUUCAAACUGACCUUCAGCAUAUGUUUUGUUAAACUAAGCAAGCUUCCUAGGGUCAUUCUACGAACUGCAGGCAUUGACCCGAAAAGUUUACUAUAUACAUACUUAACUAUUGACAUUGCCACUAUACAUGUAUGUUAACCGCGGAUCGUGUAUCUUUUAUAUAUUUAAAUGCUAAAUAGUGUCGUGUUGAUUUCACGGACCGAAUCUCCAAUAUUCAAUAUCAAUGUGCGUAAGCGGCCAUGAUUGUUUAGCGGAUUCGUUAUAUAUGUAACACGGUAGCCUGAAUAAACCGAAUUUUGUCAUGAAAUAUCAUUCUCGUUUGAAUAUGUAAGCAAUGCCAUAUGAUAAACAGAAAAUCCGUUGAUCUUCACCGGUUUGCAAAAAAUAAAAAGAAACUUUGUUUGUUUUCAGUGAGAGAUUUGGAAAUAUAUCUUCACCGAUAAGGGGGGCAAUUCUGACAUUUUCACUCAGGUUCCGCCUUUAUGAUAAUAUUGAAUUAUCUCACUUAUUGGUGAAGAUCCAUUUCGAUAUCUCACUGCAAACAAACAAAUAUCCUCUAUAUUUCAGAUUAUAGUCCAAUACGAUAAUACAUAUGGCGUUUCCGGACUGUAGAGUUCGGACAUUGUUAUAUAUACUUGUUAAGUGUGGGUUAAUUUAUGUCGAUAUGUAAUAAUGACAAAUAUGAGUUAACGAAAUGAUACAAUGCUUAUUAUACUAUCUGAAAUAUCCAUUUAAAAGUGAAUAUUUACGCUUCCAAGUUUAAUCGGAAGUGACAGCUGAAUCUAGUUCUUAUUUACUUUGUGGAUACUUUAGUAAAAGACAGGUAAAUAUCUUCAAGUUUUUUUCCAAAAGACAACUGUCUAAUGAAUGUCUCUUUGCAAGUGUGCAAGUUAACUCUGUAUAUUAAAACAUUAUAUAUUGAUUAUACUUUUACCUACACAUUUAAGUUAGAUUUGAUGUUUGUUUCUUAUGAUUCAUUUUAACUGUACCUGUUUUACCUUCAUAGUUUUGUAGCAAACUGAUAUCACGGCUCACCAGGAGGACGUAAGGGAUUUAUUGUAUGACCGUACAAGAUUACGUUCGAUAAUCAAAGAUCAGUCUAGUGACAUGUAACGACUGGCUAUUCGAGAUGCGAGUAGCCGUGCAGAGUUACGCGUGCUCGUAUAACUGACUGGAGAAUCCGACGAUCAACCACGACCACGUAAGACCACUGAUGGCUUGUAUCACAACAAUCGCACAACUCUUCAACCAAAGACCACCUAUGACUGACACGGUCGCAGUCAGGUUUUUCAACAUGAUAUAAUCCUCUCCAAUAUCAAGUCUGGCCGUGUGACUAGCCAAUACACUAUCUCCAGAGCCUAUGUUAAGAGUGUUCCACGAUUGACAAGUCGCCACACGCCUCUUAGAUCACGUGGUCUGAAAAUGCGAAACCUUCGGCUAACAAGCUUCUAUAUGAGGGACCCGAUAAUACUGAAAUGAUUUCCCUUAAGAUGUUGGCAAAUAUAUCUUUCUUUCUUUAUGAAAAAUUAUUAGUAACUUUGCUAACUAGUCGUUUAUCAAUUUUAUGGAAUGUUUUUGGGACGGAAGUAACACUAUUAAGAUUAAAGAGGCUGCGUGUAUUCGACUUGGUGAUUCAAAAGUUAAAUGUUUCCCUAAGGCUCCGCGUUGAAUUUAGAGUUGUAUUUUUCUUCACUCUAUUAUGUUUUUAAAUUCUUCAAUGUAUAUUGUAUUUGUGUAUGUUUCUCAAAUUCUAUACUUUAUUAUCGUAUGUUUUUUUUUUUCCAAAUUCUAAUCUCAAAUUCUACAAACUGUAUUAUAGUAUGUUCUCAAAUUCAAUAUUUCAUUUGAACUAUAUUUCAAAGUCUGUUCAAAGAACGUUUUCCAAAUGUAACCCGCUCAAAGAAAGUACUAUAAAAGCGUUGGAUAUUUCUCACAAUAUGAAUGUAUUGAACAAAGUUACGUUCGGUUUGAAUAUACUUUUUGCCACGUUAUUUACAUUUCUUUGUUCUUUUAAAUUCUUGAUACCAUUUGUUUCCUCAUUCUAAAUUUAUUUAUGUUAAUUCAUUCGGUAUACAAAUGACCUCUCUUUCUGACUAUUAAAUAGAAUAUACUACGUCCAAUUUUGAUCAAUUUAUUAAAUCACUAAAAUAUUUCAAAUGCUUAAAAGCUGAUAGCUUCAUUAUUUCUCGUAUAGGUAGAGGUACAGCAGUAUACUUGUACGAUAUUUCGAGAAAAAUAUAAAACACACUAAACUUCGGACGAAAAAGGUUCUUUUUAUUUGGCUACUUGUUCAUUCACAAUAUCAUCACCUAUUUGGAAUUCAUGAUUAUAUGUUUCAGAUAUGUUUAUUUAUUUCAUGUAUUUUGUAAAUAUUUGCCAUUUACAGAUUAAAGUAUUCGUUUAGACAGCGAUUUUAACAGCGUAAGCUAAAGAACCAUUCAAAGAUAAUUCCAUACCAAGAUAACAAAAUGAGUCAGUAAAGCAAUAUACAUUUGAGACGCGCCAUGAGGAAACCAACAUAGUGCGUUUGCGACCAGCAUGGAUUCAGACCAGCCUGCGCAUCCAAGCAAUCUGGUCAGGAUGCCCAUGCUGUUCACUAACAGUUUCUGUAAUUGCAAUUGGCUUUGAAAGUGAACAGCAUGGAUCCUGACCAGACUGCGCAGAUGCGCACACUGGUCCGGAUCCAUGCUGGUCGCAUACGUACUAUGUUGGUUUUUCUCAUGGUGCGGCCAAAUGUAAUUUGUUAAUUUGUAGUAUUUUAAAUCAGAUUUAAUCAAUACACUUAAGACAUAUAUAUAUGAUUGAUAACUAAGACAUUUUCUUUUUGUGACAGCAAUACUCUCUAGUCUCAAGCAGAGUGUUUUCAUUUGUAUUAUUUCGAACAUAAGUUAUAAGUGCAUGUAGGUAAAAUUUGAAUUAUUUCCAUUUAUUACUAGAAUGGUUCGCAGUAUGCAAUUCUCUGACUUUACACUAGUAUUUGUUUAUAUGAGCUUCCGGGAAAUCUACCCUAUUUUUGAUAUUUCUGAUACAAAUUUUCAUAAUAAACUUUCCUCAUGAUAUAUGAUUGAAUAUCUUAUAUGUUUUCAAAGAAGCGAUUGUAAAUAUUUCUGAGUCUGUAUUAAAUGUUUGGAGAUGACA